UGCUCGAGAUCGCUUCGUCUCGCGCACUCGGCCGCUAGCGAAACGCGCGCGUUUUCUUAGCGUUUUUAUAAAGAAAUAAAAAAUACGGUGUGUGCUUUACUUUACAAGUGCUGACGCAAGUUGAUCCCCACAUUCGGUGCUGAAAAAACGCGUUGUUGCAUCACGAUUCGAGAAUGAAGAUGAUGCAGCUUCGUGUGUUUAGCCUGGCUUUGAUCGCCCUAAGCCAGAGCUACUUGACUGAGGCCCAGGGUUACGACUAUCCCAAACCGAAGGUGGCCUUCAGCGAUGGGUAUUCCUAUCCCCAGCCAGCCAUUCCCUUCCCACCACCGGCACCGAAAGUGAGCAGUGGCUAUGAUUACCCACAGCCGGCCAUUCCGUUCCCACCACCACUGCCCAAGUACACGCCACCAGUUCAGCAGAUCAUCCCGCAGGAACCCAAGCUGGUAUCAAGUGGAUACUCCUAUCCCAAGCCAGUGGUUCCGUUCCCACCACCCACGCAGCCACCACAGAUCAGGGUGACCGAGGGAUACGCUUACCCCACGCCAUCGAUUCCCUUCCCACAGCCGAAGCAGCAGGGAUACGACUACCCCAAGCCAGUGGUUCCAUUCCCACCACCAACGAACCCACCACCACAGGUGAAACAGGGAUACGACUACCCCAAGCCAGCCGUUCCGUUCCCACCACCUACUGCGCCGCCACAGAAGUACCUGCCACCAGUGACCACCACUCCUGCUCCACCACCACCACCGCCACCGACAAAGAAGUACCUGCCUCCUGUGCAGGUGAAGCAGGGCUAUGAUUAUCCUAAGCCAGCCAUUCCCUUCCCACCACCCACGAACCCACCACAGAAAUACCUUCCACCCGUUGUGCCCACCAGUCCACCUGUGCCCAAAUACAUUCCCCCACCCACUCCCGCUUACAUUCCCCCACCACCAAAGAAGCAAGGAUACGAGUAUCCCAAGCCCGCCAUUCCAUUCCCACCACCAACUGCACCACCACAGAAGUACCUGCCUCCCGUUACCACCACACAAGCACCACCACCUCCACCACCACCCAAGUAUCUGCCACCUGUGCAAGUGAAGCAGGGAUACGACUACCCCAAGCCAGCCAUUCCAUUCCCACCACCCACCGCACCACCACAGAAGUACUUGCCACCUGUCACCACCACGAAAGCACCUCCACCACCACCACCCACCGUUAAGUACCUACCUCCACCACAGGUGAAGCAGGGAUACGAUUACCCUAAGCCUGCCAUUCCAUUCCCACCACCGACUAACCCACCACAGAAAUAUUUGCCACCUGUUGUUCCUACUUCACCACCAGUGCCAAAGUAUCUGCCGCCCGUGAAGCCAACAAACCCACCACAGCCCAAGUACUUGCCACCCCCGCAACCAAAGUCGGGUUAUGAUUAUCCCAAGCCUGCCAUUCCAUUCCCACCACCAACUAACCCACCACAGAAGUAUUUGCCACCUGUUGUGCCAACCAGUCCACCAGUGCCAAAAUACUUGCCACCCGUGAAGCCAACAAACCCUCCACAGCCCAAGUACCUCCCACCCCCGCAACCCAAGUCGGGUUAUGAUUACCCAAAACCCGCUGUUCCAUUCCCACCACCCACUAAUCCACCUCAGAAGUACCUGCCACCAGUGGUUCCUACUUCACCACCAGUGCCCAAGUAUCUGCCUCCCACAAACCCACCAACGCCCAAGUACUUGCCACCUGUGCAGGUGAAGCAGGGCUACGACUAUCCCAAACCCGCCAUUCCAUUCCCACCACCCACUGCACCACCACAGAAGUAUCUGCCACCUGUGACUACCACUCAAGCACCACCACCACCACCUCCUACAGUCAAAUACCUACCUCCACCACAGGUGAAGCAGGGCUACGACUAUCCCAAACCCGCCAUUCCCUUCCCACCACCAACGAAUCCCCCGCAGAAGUACCUGCCCCCCGUUGUGCCCACCAGUCCACCCACCCCCAAGUACCUGCCACCCGUGCAGGUGAAACAGGGCUACGACUAUCCCAAGCCAGUCAUUCCAUUCCCACCACCCGCCCCCAAAUCCGAGGGCUAUUCCUAUCCGAAGCCCGCGGUCGCAUUCGACUUCUAAAAUAUCGAUA